AUGCAAUGUCCUGUUCAAGUCAAUUUUAAUAAAUGCAUUGGCUGUUUGCAAUGCGUUAGAAUAUGUCCUACAAAGGUAUUAACAAGUACUCAUAUGAAAUCAACAGUAUCUUUUCCUGAACGUUGUGUUAGUUGUGGUUGUUGUACAUCAGUUUGCCCUGUUGGUGCAAUUAUUUUUAAUGGUAUUUCUCCACAAAAGAUUGAUAUAGAAUCUUUUGGUAAUGUUAUUCCUGUGUUGAAGAACACUGAGGGAAAAAUAAAUAGUGACGAUGAAGAAGUACCUAAGAAAUUAAUAUCACAAAUGAUAGAGAAAGCCAAAUAUUCUAUUCAAUCUAAUAACUACAGAAAAUUAGAAUUUAAAGUUCUUACUGAUUUUGAUCCUAAAUAUCAUCAAUUAGUAUGUACUAUAGGAACAGAAAAAACCUAUGACGAUGACGUUAAAUUUUUGUCGACACUAUCACUGAUAUUAAUUCAGAAUAAUAUCCAUUAUGAAUGGACAGAAUUUACAGACCCAACUCAAAAUAUUACUUGUGCCUUAGCAAUUGGGAGACCUAAACUUCAACAUAACUAA